AACUAUUUGAAGAUCUCAAGCAAUCAAAUCCUUGAUCUGUCAAAGAAAAAUUUAUACCCACGUUAAGAUUUACGUGCAAACAAUAAUUCAAUAAUUUCCUGAUGAAAGUUCCCAAUUGUUAGGGUGGGAGAAAGAGAGAUAUAAAAUGAAGAUGGAGAAACUGCCAGAUUUGAUGGACGAAGCAAAAGACAGGACACUAUUGUAUUUGUUUCUUACCGCAGCCCUUGCUUACAUUCUUUCACUGACAAGUAACUCUGCUUGGUUCAACAUUCCAGUAUCCAUUCUUAUUAUAUCUAUGCUCAGACAUUUUUACUUGGAGUUCAAGCUUCAAUGGAGGAUGGUUCCUAUUCAUCAGGAAUCUUAUCAUUCUCAUCUUAAAAUUAGACAACCCUCUCAUAGUGAUCCAAUCCUUUCGCCUCCAUCCAUUUCAAAGAAAUGGAAAAGGAAGAUAGAUUCUCCAGUUGUUGCAGCAGCUGUGGACAAGUUUACUCUAAAAAUUGUACAAGAGUUUAUUACAGAUUUGUGGUAUUCAUCACUUACUCCUGAUCAAGAAUUUCCUGAUAAGAUUCAUUUACUAAUCAACGAUGUGCUGGGGGAAGUAGUUCAGAGAUUGAAACAUAUAAAUUUGAUUGAAUUACUGACCAGGGAUGUGGUCAAUCUGAUAGGAAGUCAUAUAGAACUUUAUAGAAGAAACCAAGCUUAUAUAGGGGUGGAUGUGAUGGCGAAUCUACAACCCAAUGAAAGGGAUGAAAGGUUGAAGCAUUAUUUGGCUUCUUCUGGAGAACUGCAUCCUGCCCUCAUAUCUGAAGACACCGAGUGCAAGGUCCUUCAGCAGCUCAUGGGAGGAGUAGUGGCUGUUGUCUUAAGGCCACAUGAUGCUAAAUGCCCCAUUGCUCGAAGCCUUGCACGUGAACUUCUAGCGUGUGUUGUUAUGCAACCUAUCAUGGACUUCGCAAGCCCAAUAUUCAUUAAUGAGCUCGUUGAAUUUCUUAUACUUUCUGCAAAAGAAGAAGCGCCGAAUAAGAAGACAGAUACAGAUGAAUCCGAGGAACUAUCUAAAGGAAAAAAGAUAAGCAAACAGCAUCAGCAAAAUCAGUUGAUGGAUCCUAGUAGUACAGUAUAUCUAAAAGAUAUAAAUGCUGCACAAACUAAUAAUUAUCCCCAAAAUGGUUUAGGCUCUUCUCAUAAUGACGGUCCUCUGGUCAGUCAGAUAGAAGUUUUGCAUGAUCCAAAAUCACAAUCAGGUGAUUUAGAACAGUCAGUGGAAGCUAAAAGACGAACUCAGAUUCUUGCCUCUGAAAAUCUUGAUAAUCUUUGGGCUCAAGGAUGGAAUUACAAGUUGAAAGAUAGUAGGAAAGGUCAAUAUAGUUCAGGUUCAUUGGUCAGGUCACCUGUUUCACAGAAAGACUCAAAAUCUGUAUUAAAGCAGGACAAAGCUGUAAAGGAAAAUGACUCUAUUGAGCAAGGAAAUACAGAGAGGGCAACUGCAACAAAUACAAUAUAUACUAAAGGAGAUGCAAAAUGCACCGACAGAGGAAAACAGGGACCAAUUUCUAGCAUUAUGCAAAGUAGUAACCAAAGAGAACACCAAGGUAUGAAUCCUAGCAAAAGAAUUUUGUUCACAAACACCACAUCAGCACUAGAUAGUGGUAGUGAAAAGCAAGAAGAAAGUAGAUUUCUUGAAACUCAGAUAUUGAAGGUUCAACAUAGGAGAUCAAAAAGUAGUGGUACUGAAUCAGAACAGAGGCAAAAUUUUAACAGCUUGCAACUCUCCAAAGAUAGAGAAAAUUCUCUUCCCGAAAAUACGCAGGGUUUAAGAAGAGGUGAACUGCAUGACAGUUUUCCCAGUGACAAUCAAUCUGCAGCUCUAUGGGGACAAAUUGGAAAUAUAUUUGUUCGCAAGCUGGACUGUUGGGUGUUAGGAGUUCAUUUUGAAAAAGUUGGAAUGAAGUCUAUAGCUGUUUAUUCAAUUGCUGUGACAAAUUCAGAAAAUAAAACCUGGUUUGUUGACAGAAGGUAUCGGAACUUUGAGCAGUUGCAUCGCCGUCUUCGAGUUAUCCCAAAUUAUAAAUUUCAGAUACCACCAAAAAGUUUUAUUUCAUCCAAUCUUGAUGAUUUUUUCAUUCGACAGCGUUGCAUUUUAUUAGACAAGUAUUUAAAGGAUUUGUUGUCAAUACCAAAUAUUGCAGAGCAGCAUGAAGUAUGGGACUUUCUGAGUGCCACAUCUAAGAAUUAUGCCUUUGGGAAUUCAACUUCGGUGAUGAAAACUUUGGCUUACAACAUGGAUGAUGCAAUGGUUGACAUAUUUCGCCAAUUUAAAGGAGUUUCCAGUGGUCUUCGACAUACUAUUGUUGGCACUUCCUCUGCAGAAAAACAACAUUUAGUGAAUGCUUCUUGGAAAUCUAAGACUGCUAAUACGAAGGAUACAACUUGGGAUAGAAUCUACAGAUCCAAUUAUCUUUUAGAUGAGGAGGAACAUGCUGGGGAAGGUGGACGUGUCACUCAUUUCAUGACAAGAACUAAUGGUUGUCUCUCUGACAGUGAAUUGCAUGAAAAACAUUUUGCUUCUCAGUCAAACACAACUCUUGGAGUAAGCUCUGCAGCUUCAAUUCUGGAGAAGACUCAGCAAUCACAGAAAACAAGCGAGGCACUUCUGUUAGAUGAAUAUUCUACUACAGAAUCUUUGACAGGGUCUGAAAUGAUAGAGGAUGAAGUUGGAGUUCCACCUGAGUGGACUCCACCAAAAUUAUGUGUCCCCUUGUUGAAUCUAGUUGACAAGGUUUUUCAACUUAAUCAAAGAGGCUGGCUGAGGCGACAAGUAUUCUGGAUUGGAAAACAAAUUCUGCACUUGGUAAUGGAGGAUGCAAUUGAUGAAUGGCUAUUGGGACAAAUACAGUUGUUGAGAAGAGAAGAUGUUAUUGCUUCUUAUAUUAGACAAGUCCAUGAAGUUCUCUUAGAUAAAGGCAUCUUCACUUCUGAAUACAGUAUUCAACAGCAAAAAGAAAAUGAAAGAACUUUUAGCUCUAGUGAUGGGGUUGUAGAUGGCGAAAUGAUCCAGAUCAACACAAAUCCACCUGAACUAUUUCAAAAUCAACUAGAAGCAGAUCGCAGGGCAAAUCUGGUUCAUGAUGUUAUUCUCGGAGCACCAGCACCUUUAGUUAGCAUAAUUGGCAGAAAGCAGUACAAUCGCUGUGCAGAAGAUCUAUAUUUAUUUCUUCAGUCUACCGUAUGUCUUAAGCAGCUUGCAUAUAGCCUACUUGAACUGCUGCUUAUCACUAUAUUUCCUGAGUUGCACGAUGUUGUUUGGGACAUACGAAAUAAUAGUGUUGUAUUGUGACUGUAUAUGGCAAGUUCACGUUUCUGUUAACUUUAAUUUAUAAAAUUAAAAUGUGGGUAUAUGGAUUCAAUACUUCAUUUAUUGUAACAUUGUGUGUGCCUGUAUGAUGCAUAUACCAUCAGUUCAGCAGCUGCAUCAAAUACAUUGAAGCAUUAUAUAUAUUUAUGCAAGGGUAAUAAUUUUGGGAUA